CCCACUGCAGCAACAUAAUCAGAUAAUGUGAUGAUUUAUUCUCUUGUUCUGAGAGAGAUUGGGAUUUUUUUGAAACCUGAUGAAAGCUUGUCAAACAAUAUGAAACUAAUUUCUAGGAGCUUUUACUACAGGGAUUGUAUUGCGAGAUGUGGUUUUAUAUGGGUCUUACUAAAAGGAAUUUCUGGUCAGAGUGUACCGGAGAAACCUACAGGAUUAACUCACUGGGAAGUGACUCCCCAUUCUGUAAGACUGACUUGGAAUGCCGGAAGUAACGAAGCCGUGAUCCAGUACAAACCCAAGGACGACGAUAGUUUUCAGUGGAUUGAAACUCGUCCUCUCAAAAUGUCGGAAUUCACUGUCCGACGUCUAGAGCCCUACACGGUUUAUCAGUUUCGUGUUGUAGGUGUAAAUAAUUAUGGCCGUGGUCAGGGCAGUGAUACAAUUGAAGUUCGAACUGGAGAGCUAGCACCUGGAACACCUCCCAGAUAUGUUACCGCCAAGGCUCUGAACUCCAACACAGUCAGUGUGUCAUGGCUACCUCCAGAAAAACCAAAUAGUGUCAUACAGGGAUACCGAGUGUUCCACACUCUGCAAGCAGAUUUACCCAUAAUUCUGUGGAACAACAAAGAAGUCCAGUCAAACACCAAUGAAACUAUUAUAACGGGUUUGAAGCCAAAUGACACAUACACAAUUUGUGUCCUAGCUUACUCCAGUAAAGGGGAAGGUCCAGUGUCACAGCUUAUAACAGUCAUCACCAAUGAAGAAAUUGCACCACAGAUUACCCAUGAAGUUCGGAAUCUGACUGUUGCUGAGGAACUUGUAGCCAGUUUUGUCUGUAAAGCAUCUGGAAAUCCACAGCCUACAUUUUAUUGGGAAAAAGAUGAGAAAAAAUUGAAUACAAUUAGGAACAGAUUCAAAGUAUUUGACCUGCCGUAUGGUAGCGUUUUGAGAAUUGAGACCGUGCGGAAUAGAGACAGUGAUAGUACCUUUACCUGUGUGGCUGAGAAUGGUGUGGGGGAUCCAGCCAGAAGUACUGGCCAUCUGAAGGUUUACCGCAUUGACAGAGAAGGGAAUGAAUUUCCAGUAGGAUAUCCCAAAAUUAUUGUUAACCCAGAGCUAAAAUCUGUUGAGAAAGAGAAACCUGCCAUCAUGCAGUGUCAAGCUGAUGCUAAUGGACACAAGUUUGACAUCGAGUGGUUCAAAAAUGGCAUCCCUGUAGAUAUGGGUGACAACAAACGGCUCACAAUCACAAAAACAGGCUCUUUACGGAUAGCCAAGGCUUUAGAGUCGGAUUAUGGAAAGUAUGAAUGUGUAGCUACCAAUGAAUAUGGAGUGGCGUACUCUUAUGCUGCUAUGUUAUACAUCAGAGUGCGUAGAGUUCCCCCUCAUUUUACCCUCCCUCCAAAGAGGGUGGAGGUGGACCCCAAUGGCAGUGUCAAUCUGACCUGUGUGGCUGUCGGAUCCCCUAUGCCACAUGUCAUGUGGCGAGAUGGUGCCACAGAACUCGGAAAACCUGUCAUAGGAAAAAAUGUCCUUCAACUUAAAAAUGUCACAGAAAGCAAGAACUACACGUGCGUGGCGUCCUCUGACUUAGGGAACAUCGAACAUGUUGGGGAGGUCAUAGUUAAAGCACCUGGAACACCUCCCAGAUAUGUUACCGCCAAGGCUCUUAACUCAAACACAGUCAGUGUGUCAUGGCUACCUCCAGAAAAACCAAACGGUGUCAUACAGGGAUACCGAGUGUUCUACACUCUGCAAGCAGGUUUACCCAUGAUUCUGUGGAGCAACAAAGAAGUCCUGUCGAACACCAGUGAAACUAUUAUAACGGGUCUGAAGCCAAAUGACACAUACACAUUUUGUGUCCUAGCUUACUCCAGUAAAGGGGAAGGUCCAGUGUCACAGCUUAUAACUGUCAUCACCAAUGAAGGAAAUGAGGAAGAGAUUGAAGAGACACCCCCAACAAUAACAAAGAAAAAUACCAGACAAAACAAGAUGAAGAGGAAAGGUGAGAUUAAUGAAGAAGAGUCUGAAUCGUGCGAGUCAGAUUCAGAACAAUAA